AUGGACGUUCAAGAAGAGCAGCAUUUGUACUCCGCGGCACAGGAGGAAGCUUCAGAGCUUGUAUGGAAGCAUCAAAAUCCCAACGCGCCGUACCGGAGCCCUGAUGCUCCCUACGACUACAAGGAGCAUCUGCGUAAGGGCAGUCACGCCAAGGUACAAAGCAUAGGGAGAGGGUCAUUGGAUUUGCAUCGGGGCGACUCGUUCACCAGAGACUCGACCUCCGGAGCUUCGGCGUCUGGAGGAGGUGAUGAAAAUAACUUGUCGAGCACUCGUGUUUCAAGCGACUCGUCUAUGAAGGUGCCGGAGAGCCCAGAAAACCGACAAGAGGAAGAAACCAAAGCGGACAGCGUGGUUCCAAAGGGCAUUCCUGAGUCUAAUAUUGUCCUCCCAAAUGCGCCUAUACCUGCUAUAUCUGAACUACCAUCAGGUCGGCGGCGUGGUAGUGGCUCUAAAAGGAAAGUUAGCGGUAGUCUCUUCCAGAAUCCGGAGGACCAAAUCUACGAGGAACCUGAGGAAUCGACACCAAAACCCACCGUACCGAAAGUACCAACCGCUGCACCACCUCGUGGCCGCCGCAACCCCUUCGCAAGAGUUCAAUUUGCGAGAGAGAACGUUGCGAGAUCAAACACGGAGCCCUUGUUGACGGGCAAGAAGUUUGACAGAUUUGAGAUUCAGAGAAAUCCACCUUCCCAGUCGCGCAAUCCAGCUUACACGUCUAACACGAACUCUGCGACACAACCAAGGUUAUCUAGUGACGUUGAGAACGCAGGUAGCGACGAGGAAGGAGUCAAAAUGAAAGAUGGCAAGGAGAUCCGAGGCGACGAUAUCCGAGCUGCGACCAGCAUGAAGCUAAAAGACCGGAGUCCGAAGCUUCCAACACCAACCGUUGUCAGCGAUAGUCCUGGACGGCCUAUCGUCAGCUUUCAGAAUGGCUGGAAGCCGAAGGAGGUGGAGCUCAAACAAGAAGAAACGCGGGCUCUGCCGGCCGCUCCAAAGAUCACCCAUACCUUGCCGGACCCUGUAAAAAAGCCCGGUAUACCGACUAUCAACCUCCCUGACGAACCAUGCAACGCUAGCAGAAAGUCGGAGCGUUCGACCAACCCUCCGGCCAUCUCAGUCUCCCCAGCGCCCCCGAUCCCCUCAAUAAGCGUAUCCUCCACGCCCCCGAUCCCAACAAUCAACCUCCCAGACGAGGACUCGCCACCAGUCUCCAGCAUCUCCGUCUCUGCCUGUCCCUCCAUCCCAACCAUCAACAUCCCAGACGCCCCCUCAAUAGCCAUCUCCGCGCCCCUCCCCUUCGUCCCCACGCCUAGUUCAUCCGCUCCGACUCGACCGCUCCCACAGCCCAAGACCCACGGCCGGCCGCACCCCCGCCACGCAGCCACGUCACCCCCAUCAACGCAGCCCCACUGGACGCCCUCACUCCGUGGCGCUCGCAUCGUCGCGCUCUGCACGAACUGCGCGCUCCCCAUUGCCGGCCGCGUCGUCAGCGCUGCUGGUGCACGGUUUCACCCGGAAUGCUUUACGUGCCAUCAUUGCGGGGAGGGGCUGGAGUGUGUGGCGUUCUAUCCGGAACCGGAGCAUCUGAGGGGGGAGAGGGUGGAGAGGAUUCGGCGGCGGAUAGUGGGCGACGAGGUAGAAGAGAGGGAAGCGGGGAUGGGGGAGGAAGAGGAUGGAGACGAAGGACUGCGGUUUUAUUGCCAUCUGGACUUUCACGAGUUCUUUAGCCCGAGAUGCAAGAGCUGUAAGACGCCGAUUGAGGGAGAGGUCGUGUUAGCUUGUGGGGCGGAGUGGCAUGUUGGGCACUUUUUUUGCGCGCAGUGUGGGGAUCCCUUCGACAGCUCAACCCCCUUUGUGGAAAAGGAUGGCUAUGCAUGGUGCGUCAACUGCCACACGAACCGGUUCUCGACAAAGUGCAAGAAGUGCAGGAAGCCGGUCACAGAUACGGUGGUCAAGGCGUUGGGCGUGGAGUGGCACACGGGGUGUUUUUGUUGCGUGGAAUGCGCCGGACCUUUUGACGAUGGGCGGUACUUCCUCAGGAGCGGAAGUCAAGACCCGGUUUGUGUCAAGUGUGAGGAGCGGCGGUUGAAGGCGUGA